UUUAACACGCAUGACUUCUGUUGAGCUCAUCUGCAUCAAGCAAACGGCUCAUUAUGGCAGUGCUGUUUCUUUCCCUGUGUGUUUGCAUGGCUUUAUCUCUGAGCAACGCAGCGCCGGCCCAACAUGAUGUUAUGCUGAAAGAUGCCCCAGAGGACCACCAUGAAGACCGAUGUAAAGGCAUUGAAUUUGAUGCCAUCGCUCCAGAUGAGAAAGGAAACACUUUCUUUUUUAAAGGUGACCGUUUAUGGAAGGGUUUUUCCGGAGCAUCUGAGCCCUCGAGCAGUGUUUUCACCGAGCUGGAUGACUAUGCUCACCUGGGUCAUGUUGAUGCAGCGUUCCGCAUGCACCAUGAACAUGACGCCAGCGUUCACGACCACAUCUACUUCUUUCUGGAUGAUAAAGUCUUCAGUUAUUACAACUACACACUCGAGAAAGGCUACCCAAUGGAGAUCCAGCAGGAGUUUCCUGGCGUCCCCAGCCAUCUAGAUGCUGCUGUCGAGUGUCCCAAAGGAGAGUGCAUCACGGAUUCGGUGCUCUUCUUCAAAGGAAAUGAAGCCUAUAGUUUCGACAUCAAGACAAAGUCGGUAAAGAAGAAGGUGUGGACACACUUGCCAAACUGCACUUCUGCCUUCCGCUGGCUCGAGCACUACUAUUGCUUUCAUGGUCACAACUUCACUAGAUUUCAUCCAGUUACUGGGGAGGUGACGGGAAAUUAUCCCAAAGAUGCCCGAAAUUACUUCAUGAGGUGUGGUGAAGGAUUGGGUCAUGGAGGAGGUGCAAGAAAACUGCACUGCAGUGAGGUCAAGCUGGAUGCUAUCAGUGCUGAUGAGAAAGGCAGAAUGUAUGCGUUUCAGGAUGUGAUGUACAUGCGCUUGGACACACACCGAGAUGGCAGUCACCAUUUCCCCAUUUCCAGGUUAUGGAAGGAAAUCUCUGGUCGAGUGGACGCUGCGUUUGCUUAUGGAGAAAAUAUGUACAUCAUUCAGGGUGAUCAGGUCUACAUCUAUAAGUCAGCAGUCCAUUAUACCCUGAUAGAGGGCUAUCCAAAACCUCUGAAGGAAGAGCUGGGCAUUGAUGGUCCCGUGAACGCAGCAUUUCUGUGCCCACAACAACACACUGUACACAUUAUAAAAGAUCAAAAGAUGUAUGAUGUUGACCUCGUGGCCACCCCCAGAUCUCCUGGAACAGUGAGGCUUAUUCCCUUUGCUAACACUGAUGCUGGCUUUUGUGAUGCUGAAGGCCUGAAGGUUUUCAUCGGCCCAGAAUAUUACUCCUAUGCAAACCCAACGAUUCUAGCUAUGAGCAGACUCAGACCUGAACCUCGUAAGAUCUCUCCUGAAACAUUUGGCUGUGAAGAAUAAAGACUGAGCAGAGCAACA